GCAUAGGAGAGAGAUAAUGGGUGGAAGAGCUGAAGAGGAAGGAAGUGUGAGCUUGGAGCUUCUGAGGUUAAAAAUGGCGGAAUUUGCAGAGGAAAGGAAUUGGGAUCGCUUUCAUAGCCCAAGAAAUCUCCUUCUUGCUCUGGUGAGAGAAGUGGGAGAAUUAUCGGAGAUAUUCCAAUGGAAAGGAGAGGUGGGGAAGGGGCUGCCGGAGUGGGCGGCGGAGGAGAAGGAGCACUUAGGAGAAGAGCUUUCCGACGUGCUUUUGUAUUUGGUGAGGCUCUCUGAUAUGUGUGGCGUUGAUCUUUCCAAAGCUGCCCUAAGGAAGAUCCAGCUCAAUGCUCUCAAAUACCCUGCUAACAGAUCCAACCCCUCUUCUUGAUCGAUCGUUAUUAUUACUAAUUAAGCUCGAGAAUGUUCGGGAUGAAACAAUGAGGAUGGGAAACCAUAUAUAUAUAUAUAUAUAUAACUCAUCUUCACCUCAUCCCGAGUUGUUAUGUUCUUUCAACUUUGUUUCAUUUUAGUCCCUUUAAAAUUUGGUACCUAAUGACCUUGAAUUCUCGGUUACGUUACUUACUCUACAGACCAUCACGAGUAAGUCACCCAAUAUGAAAUUGUUCCGAGUAAAACAUGUUUAACCACAUGUUCUAUGAUUAAGCCACUGAAAAGAAAGGUGCACCUUGUUGUCUUAGUCAUUUUAUCCUCGUCAUUUGGAUGUGGUUUCGACUCAUUUAUGUAUCCCUUCUUUACU